CGGCCCUGAUCGGUCCUGAUCAGUCCUCCAUCGGUGCAGAUCGCUGCUGGUCGCUUCAAGCAUCGUCGCUGAUUUCCGAUCAACGCACAAUGUCCAAGCUGUGGCAUAGCUCGUCGGGCUCUCUGUGGCGCCAGAGUGUUUCCAGGAUCCGCUGUUCGCAAGUGGGCCUUCCCCCAGCCGCAUCCCAACCACAUCCGCUUGCGCUCGGAGCUUGCACAAGCCCGUUCCGCCACUCCGUUCUGAGGUGCUUCACGCCUCCUCGGCAGCACACUGAUUCCGGCCCGCGAGCACAAAAGCCAGUGGAAACACCCACGCUGCUUCCCUUCCUCGAUGCUACGGAUGCUGUCGAAACCACCGCUGCCGCUGAUGGCGAGCGCCUCGCUAGCCAUCACACAAAACUCCCGCAUCCGCAAAACGCAGCGGAACAUGAUGCCUCAGGCAGCGACAAUCGGUUCUCGUCAAUACCGGCAAUCUCUGAAAAAACACUCCGGGCCAUCAACCAGGACUUCAAGUUCGAGUCCAUGUCCGAUGUCCAGAAAAAAGUCCUCAGUCUCCUCCCGACGACUUCCGAUCUGCUUGUGCGGGCCAAGACGGGAACAGGCAAAACCCUGGCGUUCUUGAUUGCUGCCAUCGAAACAGCCGACAUGCGUGGUACAAAAGACAGAGUGCCCAUUGUGAUCAUAUCGCCAACACGCGAGCUUGCCUUUCAGAUCGCUCGCGAGGCAGCUAAGCUCGUCAAAUAUCACCGGUAUAACGUCGUCAGCCUGGUCGGCGGCGAGAGUGCUUCACGCCAGAAGCAAGCGCUGGCACGCGGUGCGGACAUUGUCGUCGGCACCCCCGGCAGACUGUUGGACCACCUCGAAAACGACUCUGCUUUCCGUGAACGAUGUCAAGGAAUCCAGGUGCUGAUUCUGGAUGAAGCUGAUGUACUCCUCGAGAUGGGCUUCCGGACAGAUAUGGAGAGUAUCUUUUCCCAUCUGCCUCACAAGCGCCAAACGUACAUGUUCUCGGCCACGAUCUCUCAAGGCGUCAAGGGUGUUGCCAACGUCUACCUUCGUUAUCGGUAUAAGUUGGUGGACUGUGUUCCCGCAAACGAACAAGCAAGUCACAAGGUUAUUUCCCAAAGCUACAUCAUUGCGCCAUUUUCACAACAAGCCCUGCUACUCAUGGACAUCAUCAACCAGCACCGUGCCGAGAACCCCGCCGGCAAGAUCAUUGUCUUUUUCUCGACAACAAAGGUCGUCAAGUACCUUUCAAGUGUCUUCAAUGCCAUCCCGGGCAUGGAUGUGAUGGAGAUUCACUCUGGCCUGGAUCAACGCCAGCGCACCCGAGUCAACGAGCGCUUUCGUCGCGCAUAUUCUGCCGUCCUGUUCACCUCUGAUGUCUCUGCCCGCGGCGUGGAUUAUCCUGGCGUCACACUGGUUGUUCAAAUGGGUGUCCCGUCGUCGCCACAAAACUACAUCCAUCGGAUCGGGCGAACCGGCCGAGCCGGCAAAUCAGGCCAGGCCAUUAUGAUCCUGUCUCCACCGGAGCGAUCGUAUCUCUUGGAUCUCCACAGACUUCCGAUCAAGCAGGAGAUGCGAUUCCAACCAGCAAUCAGCGCAGCGAAUACCAAGAACAAGGAGGCUCUCCGAGUCGCAUUGGAGAGCUCGUCUCGCUUUGAAGCCGCACAGUGCUACACAGCCUUCUUGGGUUUCUACAAGCAACAGCAGCCGCGGCUUCGCUGUUCUUCUGAAAGCAUCGUGGCAGCAGCGAACGAUUUUGCCACGGGCCUGUUGGGACUGCCGGAGCCUCCAGCAGUCAAGUACAGCCUGCUGCAUCGACUUCAGUUCCACAACAUCCGCGGCGUUCGCGCCAUUCGAGAUGAUCAGUCAACCCCGGAAGAUACCUUCCACACCCCCAAGCCGCGCAAAUACGAUGAUUUCCAGGGCCGCUCCCAUUCUCCGGAAUCCAAGAAAGGCGGCUUCGGCCACGCUCGCGGCCAUCAGGGCAAGCCCAAGCGCAGCCCGAGGCACUGAGACCAAUGGUGUUGUCGGCCACAUCUGAGCCGGACCUGGCCGAUGAGAAAUCAUGGGAUGGAGACCCGGGGCAAGCAAGCUGGCCUGGUCUGUGUCGGAUGGGCGAUGUGGAGAUCUGGCAUUUGCCCGAAAGAGGCAAUCUGUCCCACUGUUCGGCAAACACGCUGUAUACUGUGA